AUGGCAUCCUGGCUACCAAUUCCCCCAAAGAGUCACUUCUCGCUCGCCAACAUUCCGUUUGGCAUUAUCUCAUCUUCAACUCACUCAACACGUCGUCCGGCCAUAGCAAUCGGCGACCACGUCCUUGAUCUAUCCGCCUUUGCCCAAAACAAUGGCUUCUCCAAAUUAUCCGACUUCCCAGCAGAUAAGCUCUCCGUGUUUUCCCAAACGUCACUGAACGACUUUGCCGCUCUCGGUAGACCCGUUCAUCGUGCAACAAGAAGCUAUCUUCAACAGAUCUUUCACAAAGAAACGCCGUAUCCUCAACUUCUCAAGGAUAAUGAAGCUUUGCGAAAGGAGGCUUUGAUUCCUAUCGCUGAUGUAAAGACGCAUCUGCCGCUUAGUAUCGGCGAUUAUACGGAUUUCUUCGCUGGGCGGAACCAUGCGCAGACUGUAGGUACUUUGUUCCGCGGUGCUGCGAAUGCUCUUCAGCCAAACUAUAAUCAUUUGCCUGUCGCAUAUCACGGUCGCGCAAGUUCCGUCGUGGUAUCCGGUACACCACUGCACAGACCUUGGGGUCAGGUUCUUCCCAACCCCCAAGCCAAAGACCCUGUGUUCCAACCCUGCGCCCGAUUGGACAUUGAGCUUGAGCUCGGUAUGUUUGUGUGCAAAGGCAACGAGCUCGGUGCGCCAAUUGCGGUUGAUGACGCGCAAGAGCACAUUUUCGGAUAUGUUCUUAUGAAUGACUGGAGUGCAAGGGAUAUCCAACAGUGGGAGUAUGUUCCGCUAGGUCCGUUUAACGCGAAGAACUUCGGUACGAGUAUUAGCCCUUGGGUUGUACUUGCGGAUGCGCUGGAGGGAUUUCAUGGGGAGGCUUUGGUUAAUGAUGUUCCCUUGAAGGAGUAUCUGGAUGAGAAGAGGAAAGACUCAGUUCUCCAUCUGAACCUCGAUAUUUCUAUCACGACUGCCAAGGGUAACACGACCAAGAUCACACAAACGAAUUCCAAGAAUCUCGUUUGGUCCUGGGCCCAGAUGCUUGCCCAUCACUCAAUUUCCGGCUGCAACAUGCGGACGGGUGACUUGCUCGGUUCCGGAACUAUCUCUGGUCUUGAGCCCGGUACGCAGGGAAGUCUUCUUGAACAAACCCAAGGCGGUAAGGUGCUUGUGCAGUUGGAAGGUGGAGAGGAGAGGAAGUUUGUGCAGGAUGGUGAUACUAUUACUAUUACGGGUUGGGCUGGGGAGAGGGACGAUGGAAUUGUUGGUUUUGGCGAGUGUUCUGGUACUAUUUUGCCUGCUAUUAAGAGGAACUAG